AUUAAUUGUCCGUCAUGCCACGUGUAAAAAACGAAAUAACCCCAAAAUUCUAGUCUAUAUAUAGAGAUUUAAGUCACAUGAAGUAGACACAAGCUUAUUCAUUGGCGAUCAAGUACUACUACUAUACUAUAUAUUUGUAUUUUUGGUUAGAGAGCUAGCUGCUUCAAAAGUUGGAGAGAAAAGUGAAAGAAAAAAAAUGGGUGGAAUCCAACAGAGGAAGGGUUCGCAUUUUCUGCCAAUACUAGUGGUGGUAGUACUAAGCUUGUGUCAGCUACGGUUUUCGAAGGCGGCGAAUGGGCUGCAGAAACCUGUGAGAUUGAGACGUAACUUUUACAAGUAUCAAAAAACUUGUAAAGAUGUAGAGAAUUAUGUGAACCACCAAGUUCAAAUAUCAUGGAAAAGCGAUAAAAGCAUCGUUGCCAAGCUCCUCCGACUCACUUAUUCUGAUUGCUUUGUCACUGGAUGUGAUGCAUCAAUUCUUCUAAAUGGUCCAAAAUCAGAGAAAACUGCCCUUCAGAAUAGAGGACUAGGAGGGUUUGUUUUAAUAGACAAGAUCAAGGAAGUCCUAGAAGAAAGGUGCCCAGGAGUGGUCUCUUGUGCUGACAUUCUCCAACUUGCCACUAGGGAUGCCGUUCAUUUGGCUGGUGGACCAUCUUACAUCCUCCUUACCGGAAGAAGGGAUGGAAUGACAUCAAGUGCUUCAUCAGUGGACAUUCCAUCUCCAUCCAUGUCAGCCAACGAAACACUUGCAUACUUCAACUCUAAAGGUUUAGAUGUGCGAGACAUGGCUACACUUCUUGGUGCGCACACAGUGGGAAGAACACAUUGUCGUAACAUCGAAGACCGGCUGUACAAUUUCAAAGGCACCAAAAGAGCAGACCCAACCAUGGAUCCUUACUUGGUACAGUCAUUGAGAAAGCAAUGUCCAGAAAGACUAAGGAAGGGGCAAAGCGACCCGCUGGUGUACCUAAACCCAGAAUCCGGCAACCGUUACAAUUUCACAGAAUCCUUCUAUAGAAGAGCUAACAAUAACCAAGCUGUUCUUGGAAUUGAUCAGCAGCUACUCUAUAGGGAUGACACCAAGGAACUUAAUCUUCAGUUUGCCAAUAGUUUUCAAGAUUUCAAGCUAUCAAUUGCCCUUUCAAUGAAUCGAAUGGGAAGUAUAAAUGUUUUGACUGGAGAUCUAGGAGAGAUACGUCGGACUUGCAACAUGACAAAUAAGGAUAACCCUCGUCUCAAAUAGAUGGUAUUUAUUGAAUUAUCAACGAUGGUGGAUUUCAUAUUGGAAAGAUAAAAAAGGGCAAUAUAGUCUUUUAUGUGACUUUGAUUCUUUUCUUUUCUUUUUCUUGUUUUGGGGCUGCUACUUGUAGAGAAAUAACUCGUAUUAUUGACACAAAGUGGUGGAAAACAAAUCUUUUACAGUUUUCUAUUCAUAAAUAAAAAUAUCUAAAAAGAUUAAACAACAAAAACUUUAAAAUUUGAAUGUUUUACUAAUGAUAUUUCAGGUUCACUUUCCGAUGACUUAAUAUGUUUUGAGUGUGUAUUUGCAUUUGCAAAUGUAUGAGCUAUCGAAAAUCUUAAUACAAAGAUGCUCACCAAAUAUAUGAAUGUAAUUACAGUUUCACAAUAAUAAUUAUAGUUGAUCCGAUCUGUGACAUGUACAUGAUAUCUAUUUCGCCAAUUUACCAAAUUCAGUGCAUAGUCCACUAAUAAGCACACUUGCUAUCAGUCAUGGAAAAGGAUGCCAUUAUAUUAGAAUGACGGGGAUUAGCCAAUUGCUCAAUGCUUAAGGAUUUGAAUGUAAGAGUAGCUAUAUAUGUAGGAUAUCUAGUUGUUAGAAUCAGACAUGUGGAUGGAACUU